AUGUCGAAGUCGGAUUCGGAUAUGAGAAAGCUAAAGCAAAAGCGUGCCUACGUAAAGGGGCAAGUCACAAGAAUACAGUUGUAUUUUGAUUCGGCGGACGUGAAGAGCGCGGCAGACGCACGAGUCCGCUUACGAAGGCUCGAAGAAUUAUGGGGUAAAUUCGAGGAAGUUCAAGGCGAGAUAGAUGCUCGGCCAGCACAGACGGACGAGCAAGCAGAUGCGAUACAGGCGGAAGGCGAAGCGGAACGAAAUCUGUUCGAAAGCUGUUACUACAAGGCUGCGGCAACAGCGCAAAAUAUCAUCGAUCAGCAGGCUACGAAACAGCAGGUCGCGGCGAAACAGCAGGUUGCUGCACAACAAGCAGCAAGUCAACACAGCGCACCGGAACCAACGGACGAGGGACAACGGAGGACAAAGCCGAAGUUGCCCGAAAACAAAUUGCCCGAAUUCAGCGGCGAUUACACAAAAUGGAUGUUCUUUAAGAACAGCUUCGAAACGACGAUACACAGCGAUAAGGAUUUAUCGCCGAUGCAGAAACACCAGUACUUAGUUGGCAUCCUAAAGGGAGAGGCGCUCCAGGUGGUUCAAGGAUUCAGCAUAUCGGAUAAGAACUACGAAAACGCCUGGACACUUCUGAAGAAUACAUACGAUAAUCAGAU